AUGGACGUCCACAACGCUUUUCUUCAUGGUGAUCUGGAUGAAGAAAUUUACAUGGACAUUCCUCAGGGCUUACGGAGACAGGGGGAGGAUAAAGUAUGUCGUCUACGUAAGUCCCUCUAUGGACUGAAACAAGCUUCCGACAAUGAUGACAUUCUUAUCAUGGGAAACGAUGAAGCUGCAGUAGAAAGUCUUAAAAAGUACUUGCAUACCGCUUUUCAUAUAAAGGAUCUGGGAGCACCAAAAUAUUUUCUUGGGAUUGAGAUCGCAAGAUCUCACCAAGGGAUUUCUCUCAGUCAGAGGAAGUUUGUAUUAGAAAUUGUAUCAGAGGCUGGGUUAUCAGGGUGUAGACCAGCUGUCAUUCCAAUCGAACAGAACGUCAGGUUAACUACAGCAGAUCAUGCCGGGGGAACAUUUCAGGAUGAUCCUAUACUACAGGAUCCGACGGGUUAUCAGAAACUCGUUGGAAAACUUAUAUACUUGACUAUGACCAGGCCCGACAUAUCAUAUGCGGUGCAAAAUCUGAGUCAAUUCAUGCACAAACCGAAAGAAUCUCACAUGAAUGCUGCUCUGAAGGUGGUCAAGUAUUUGAAAGGAUGUCCAGGACUCGGAAUAUUUUUAUCCAGAAAAUGCAACAUGGAAAUGACAGCAUACUGUGAUGCGGACUAUGCAACAUGUCCUAUGAGUCGAAGAUCCAUAACCGGCUUCUGUAUCAAGCUUGGAGAUUCCCUUCUCUCAUGGAAAACCAAGAAACAAGCAACAGUUUCUCUAUCAUCAGCUGAAGCAGAAUAUCGGGCUAUGGCAAAAACCACAUGUGAAGUCGUGUGGAUACGAGGAUUGCUCAGUGAUCUUGGAGUACUAUUGAAAGGUCCGACAAGGUUAUACUGA